AUUUCGAUACGAACAACUAUCCCACGGUUUUCAUUGUUUAAAUCAGCUGUAUGGUCGGUUAUGCGUGAAGUUCGGCGGCUCAGUAAGGCACACUGCACAAGGUCUAUAUAAAUGUGUCAGAGAGCCCUUAACGCUAGUUCGCCACUACUAAUGUCAUCGUCACUAUGUUUUACAUAGUUUUGUUUAUUAACUUCAUUUACAUACAUGUUUAUCCAGUAAUAGUAGCUGGAUAUGAUUGUAUAGCACCUCCAUUGGAAUGUCCUAACGAUAAUAUUACAUUUUGGCUCUACACUAAGAAAAAUGAAGAUAAACCGCAUCAAUUGCUGACUAUGGAUGCCCAUUCAAUAAAUGAAGCUCCCUGGGUGAAAGACGCACCGAUCAAAAUAUUAAUACACGGAUAUACAGGCCAUAAAGAUUUCUCUCCUAAUACAGAGAUCAGACCAGCAUACAUGGGGUGCUGUAACUACAACAUAAUAUCAGUAGACUACAACCCGAUAGCUCGGGAGCCAUGUUACAUUGAGGCAGCAAGAAACACUGAGUUAGUGGGUAUGUGUGCUGCUCAGCUGAUCGACCAGCUAGUACAAAAACAUGGAUUCAGCCUCGCGCAGUUCCAUCCAAUAGGUUUCAGUCUUGGAGGACAAGUAGCAGGAUUUAUUGGUGAUUAUAUCAAGUCGGGAAGAAUAGAAAGACUGACAGCAUUGGACCCAGCAAUGCCUCUGUUUGUCACAACUGAUCCCAAUAAGAAGAUUGACAAAGCAGACGCGAAGUUUGUGGAUGUCCUACACACAAAUGCACUGGAGAAAGGGAAGCUCGAAGCCAGUGGGCAUGUCGACUUCUACGCAAACGGAGGCAUCACCCAGCCUGGUUGUAAGUCUACUAAAGACCAAACUAAAUCAGGCUGCGACCAUGCCAGGGCUCCUGUAUAUUAUGCAGAGUCCAUAACAACGGACGUAGGAUUCUAUGCAACCAAGUGCUACUCGUGGAUCAUAUACAUGAUCGGCUGGUGCGAGAUAUUCAACCCUAACGAAGAAGUACUCUUCGGAGAAUAUGUUCCUACAGAUGUGCAGGGUCUAUACUUCUUCAGUACAAAUUCUGAAUCUCCUUACGCACGCGGCUCUAACAAGAGAGGCAGAAGAAAAAGAAGUUACGAUUUUAAUUUAGGAGAUUAA